GCAGAGGUCGCUGCUAUCGGUGUCUGUCUCUCUCAGUUGUGUGUGUGGGAUGGUAACUCCACCGGCAAGGCAUCCAGUGAAUCCCUGUCCAACGGGAAGGCGGGGAGACUAGAUCCCUGUCCCUGCGUGUGCUCACACAGCACAGCCCGCUCUGUUCCCCAACACCAGUCUCACAGCGGACAGCGUGCAGCAGACACCAUGGAAGCGUGCAUGCUGGUUCUGUGCUGCGGACUUGUUCAUCUGGCUGUUGCUGGCAAUUCUACUAAUAUGGAAAAAGAUGAGUUUUAUUACGAUUAUGAGACUCUGCGGAUUGGAGGCCUGGUCUUUGCUGUCAUACUCUUUACUCUUGGGAUCCUGCUGAUCUUGAGUCGGAAAUGUCGUUGUAGCUUCAAUCAGAAGGCCAGAUCUCCCAGUGAUGAAGAGGCCCAAGCAGAAACCCUGAUCACCAACAAAGAAUGUGAAGUUAUGGGUGAGCAUCAACAGAAGCAGCAGCCAAAGUGGAGAACUGAUGAGUACCAAACAUGUAAGACCUACACUCUGCUCAAGCACCUGACCAUCCAGUGUUGCCUUUGGGUGCCACGUUGCCCCAGUUUCUGUGCCACUAUUCACAGCAAAUUCCUGGUCCAGCUUGACCCUGAUUCUGUGGACACUCUGCAAAUCAUAGGGUUGGUUUUACACACGCCCAGGGUUAUAACCAGAACAUUUUGCCACACUUGCUCGCUGACUCUCUGUCGCUUGUACAUCACCAGCACCAUGACACACACUGACUUGUCCGAUGCUCGCUUCUCAUAUGAUUAUGAAACUGUUCGGAAGGGGGGCUUGAUCUUUGCUGUUGCUGCAUUCUUCGUGGGAAUAGCCAUUAUCCUGAGCAGAAAAUUCCGAUGCCGAGGCAAACCACCCAAACGAUCCCAGGAGGAGGAGGACCUUUAG